AUGCACUGCUCUCCCAACAUGGCGGCGCCCAGUGACCGGCAAGCCUCGAACCCUCUGAGCGGGUUUCCGUUCCUGAUACCCGGGGUGAAGCCGGGAGCAGGCGGCCCUGCCGGGGGAGGGGAAGAGGGAGGAGGAGAGGGAGGACACCCCAAGAAGCCCUGCCGUGCCUGCAUGGAUUUCAAGAGCUGGAUGAAGCAACAGAGGAAGCACAGCUCGGCCUCCCAGGAAACGGAGAUCGAAGACAGAGAGAGACCGCCUGAAUGCCCAUUGGAUAGGGAAGAGCUCGGCAGAAGUACUUGGUCGUUUUUACAUACUAUGGCAGCUUACUACCCUGAUCAGCCCACUAGUAAACAGCAGUACGAGAUGAAAAGCUUUAUCAACAUUUUCUCAAAGUUUUACCCAUGUGAUGAGUGUGCAGAGGACCUGAGAGACAGAUUGAAGACUACUCAGCCUGAUACCAGCAGCAGAUACAACUUGUCACAGUGGAUGUGCAUACUACACAAUGAUGUGAAUAGAAAACUGGGGAAGACGGAGUUUGACUGCUCAAAAGUUGAUGAAAGAUGGCGAGACGGCUGGAAGGAUGGGUCCUGUGACUGAUGAUCUGAUUCUGAAAUCUCACUCAUGUCGUUCCCAAGUGAAUGUAAUCUCAGAUAUCUAUAAAACCUCGCCAUAUAUAGACUCAGAAACCUGUCUAAAUGAUUUGUACUUAUUUGUAUUUCAAUUGGGUAUUAUUAAUGUUGUAGAGGAUUUGUUACUUGCCCCAGUUAUGUAUUUUGUUGAAAGCCCCAGUGUGCACUAUUUUGGAAUAUAACACCAUCAUUGGGGUCAGCAAAAAUACGUUUUUACAUGAUUAGGUAGUAUAGCUGGAGAAACUGUAACCCUUUGCAGGAAAAUCCGCCAAAAUAGAAAAUUUGCAGGUUUUCCCAAUUCCUGAUAGCAGAAACGUUGUAUUUAACUUCAUGGUUACUUAAACAUCCUCUUAUUCUGACUCCAAUAAGUGCUUGAAUCAAAAUAUGGAGUGCUUCUUUUCCCUGUGACAAUGACUCCUUGCAAAUGUCAAUAUAUUUAAACUGUGUGUGUAAAUUCACGUUUUUGUUGGUUCUCCCUUUGGCUAUUAGAGAAGAAUUUAUCAUCUCCACCACAAGAUAUGCAGUACCAUAUUCCAGGGAUAAUCAGAUUGCAAAUAACUGUAGCUCUUAUAGGAUAACCGCCCUACAACCAAUGCUCAUUUUAAAGAGUGUAUGUUUUCAUCCGUACAUUGUACCGCCAUUUUGGCGAGCAACGUAUAGAUGUGGAAAAAAACUAUUUAAAAGUAGGUCUCUCUCCCACUUCUCGGUUAAAUCUUUGGCGUGCCGCCAAUCUAAUUGACAAGGGAGAACAGAAAAGACCACCCACCAACGGACCUUCUGCUCCCCCAAGCAUAAUAACCACAGCGCCUGCACUACAGUUGCCAUGGAAACUCCCUAGACGGUGCUGCUAGCGCUGGCUAAGGUGUACAGGAAUGAAGUGAAAGCCGCCAGAAUGCUAACAUUUUAGCCAUUAUAUCGGCAUCAAAUAAAAGGAGACCAAAGGAGGAGCUGACGAUGGCCUGUAGGUGGGUGUUUCAUGAAGAGUAAUAC